UUAACUUUAAUUAAUAUAAAAGAAAAAUACCUUAAAAGCAUGUAAUGGGUAUUAGUUUAAUACUGUUUUAUUGUAAGCAUUAUUCAAUGGACUCGAGUCCACAUAAACUGAAAGUAAGCUAUGUAUUAAUAAGCCCACUGUAAAAAAAAUUACGGCGUAUCGAUAUCAAAUGUAAAACUUUUAGACAAUGGAAACUAAAUUGUAAUGUGUUACCAUAUUAAAAACUUCAACAGGUUGUCCCUCUUGGCUGUCAUGUCGACGAGGAAACAGGUGAAGUUAUUUAACUGUAAAAUUUUACGAGAGGGUCUUGAGACAAUUAAAAGAUGCUGUCACUGAAGAUCCUUGUCAAAACACCAAAAGCAGUCACGAGGAAACUUCUAUAUGCGCUCAUUUGCAUUAAGUGCAACUGUUUACGGAGCCGAUUGGCUGCUACAGCGGCAAAGUUCCCGCCUCCAGUCCAGCGGCGCCACUGUAUUGGCUGCCCCGUUCGCCUGUCACCGGGACAUCAGUAGAGGCACGAGUUCGCGCUGCACUCGCUGAAAGUGCGAUCAGUUUCAGCCGCGUAGUGGAACUCAGCGAGACCUGAUGCACAAGUCAAGGCGACGCGCAGCAGAGAUGAAGCCGGAUUGGCUCUGAUUUUUAAAAGCCCUUUCAUUCAAGAGGCUGUCCAUUAUCAACAUGGCAGAACCGUCGGUUCCAGUACCCCCUCGAAAAAUGGCGUCACUCAGCCGGGUCCGAGCCUUUACUCUGAUUUUCUUAACUGCAAGCAGUUGUUUAAUUACUCCCACAAGUGGCAAGGAAGGAGGGGGAGAGGAGACGGUCAUCAUCGGGCUGCGGCUGGAGGACACGGACGACAUUUCCUUCAUGGACAGGGGCUUUUUGCGGGUCAGCGAGAGGUCUCGGGUGAGAUUGAGGGUGUACGGGCAAAACAUCAACAACGAGACUUGGUCCAAAAUCGCAUUUACGGAGCACGAGAGGAGCCGAGUGAUCGGCAACAUCGACAGCUCUUCGGGGGACAACCAGAGUCAGGAGGACACGUCGGGCUUGCACCCCUGCGGCAUCAGAACUUCGGAUAUUCUGAUCUUGCCCAACAUCGUUUUAAACCGCAAGACGUCUGGCACCGUGGAGAUAGAGGUCAAACCUCUGCGAAAGACUGAGCGGAGCAAAGCGUACUACCUGUGCAUCGCCACCUCCACACCUGCUGUGGCCGGAGCGCACGACCCGUGGACCGAGAACACGUGGAUCUAUCACGAUGGAGAGGACACCAAAGUGAUCGUGGUGGAGGAGAAAAAGUUCCUGCUGCCCUUCUGGCUCCAGGUCAUCUUCAUUUCUAUGCUGCUCUGCCUCUCGGGCAUGUUCAGCGGCUUGAACUUGGGGCUGAUGGCGCUGGACCCCAUGGAGCUGCAGAUCGUCCAGAACUGCGGGACGGAGAAGGAGAAGAACUACGCGAGGAAAAUCGAGCCCGUGAGGAGCCAGGGGAACUACCUGCUCUGCUCGCUUCUUCUGGGCAAUGUUCUGGUCAACACCACCUUGACUAUUCUGCUGGAUGACAUCGCCGGCUCUGGAUUGAUAGCUGUAGUGAUGUCCACCAUCGGCAUCGUGAUAUUUGGGGAGAUUGUGCCCCAAGCCAUAUGCUCACGACACGGUCUCGCUGUGGGUGCGAAUACAAUCUUCUUGACCAAAUUCUUCAUGCUGCUCACUUUCCCCGCGUCCUAUCCGGUAAGUAAGCUGCUCGAUUAUCUCCUCGGGCAGGAGAUCGGCACGGUGUACAACCGGGAGAAGCUCUUGGAGAUGUUGAGGGUCACGGACCCGUAUAAUGACUUGGUGAAAGAGGAGCUGAACAUCAUCCAGGGCGCGCUGGAGCUAAGGACUAAGACAGUGGAAGAUGUGAUGACCCCGCUACGCGACUGCUUCAUGAUCACCGGGGACGCGACGCUUGACUUCAACAGCAUGAGUGAGAUCAUGGAGAGCGGCUACACGCGCAUUCCGGUGUUCGAGGGCGACAGGUCCAACAUCGUGGACCUGCUGUUCGUCAAGGACCUGGCCUUUGUGGAUCCCGACGACUGCACCCCGCUGAAGACGAUAACCAAGUUCUACAGCCAUCCGUUGCAUUUCGUCUUCAAUGACACCAAACUCGACGCGAUGCUGGAGGAGUUCAAGAAAGGUAAAUCUCACUUGGCAAUAGUCCAGCGGGUCAACAACGAAGGAGAAGGUGAUCCAUUCUAUGAAGUGCUUGGCAUCGUCACCCUGGAGGACGUCAUUGAAGAAAUCAUCAAGUCUGAAAUCCUGGAUGAGACAGACUUAUAUACUGACAACAAAACAAAAAAGAAAAUCACCCAUCGAGAGAGGAAGCAGGAUUUCUCAGCUUUCAAGCACAUGGACAAUGAAAUGAAGGUUAAAAUAUCACCUCAGCUUCUACUGGCUACUCUACGUUUCCUAGCAACAGAAGUUGAGCCAUUCAGUCCCAGCCAGAUGUCCGAAAAGAUCCUUCUGCGUCUCCUCAAACACCCCAAUGUCAUCCAGGAGGUCAAAUAUAAUGACAAGAAUAAAAAGGCCAUCGAACAUUACCUCUUCCACCGCAACAAGCCUGUGGACUAUUUCAUCCUCGUCCUGCAGGGGAAAGUGGAGGUGGAGGCAGGCAAGGAGGGACUGAGGUUUGAAGCUGGAGCUUUCUCUUCAUAUGGGAUGAUGGCUCUCACUGCUUCUCCAGUCCCUCUCUCGCUUUCUCGUACCUUUGUGGUCAGUAGGGCUGAGUCUGUGGCUGGAUCUCCAGGUAUAGAAAACAAAUCCCCACCUCGAUCAUUUGGACUGAAUCAUUCUGACUCAUUAAAUCGUAGUGAGCGAAUUGAAGUCAUCACACCUUCACUGGGCAGCAGUAACAACCAGCUCAACGCCUUCCUGCAAAUCUAUGUGCCAGACUAUUCUGUCAGAGCUGUGUCAGACGUACAGUACAUUAAGGUAACGCGACAGCAGUAUCAAAAUGCCGUCAUGGCCUCACGCAUAGACAAAACCCCACAGUCCUCAGAGAGCGAGUACACCAAAAUCGAAAUGGCUUUGACAGAGCUCCACGAUGGACUGACCGAUGAAACCACCACGCUGUUCAACCAGACACAGAACUGCGUCGUCCACAACAAGUCCAACCACACAGGCCACAGCGAGGGUCCCAUCUAGCCCUCAGCGGGGUGGUGGGGAAACACCACCCCAAACCGAUAUAAACUAACAGUGCAGUACUACUGGGGCUUAAGCUUGGGUUGACCCGACGCAAUAUGGAAUAGUCCAGUGACCCGCUUCGGACCCCUUCAUCCUGAUAAACCGCAGUGUUUAUGUCCCCCAGACCAAAGAGUUUGGAGGAUGGACAUUGUUGUGCUCGGAUGAGCCCCUCCAGCUACACUCAGACUGUCCCGCGAUGUUCACAAACACAAAAGACGUACUCCAGACAGAUGUAAUAGGGUGAAUCAAAGACUGUUCCAAAUACCGCUUUGAAGGAAACCAUGAACCAAGAGCAUUCUACUCACAUAUUUAUUUAUUUUUUAUGCAUUUGUAUAUAUGUGCGUGUCUGAGGAUAUAAUUGUUGGCACAUGCAAACCUGUCUGUAAAUUGUGCAUGUGUAUGUGUGUGCCUCUAUGAGUGUCACAUGCUAUAUAUAUAUACAGUUACAGAUACAUCAUUGUAUAUGUACUGGUGAGGGUCUUUUACAUGUAUAUUUCAGAAAUGCUUAUUUCUACUGUCCUAAAUCUGGUAUAUCCCUUUUAGACCUUUUUUUUGUUUGUUAAAAAUAUAUAUAUAUGAAUCAUUAUGUUGCCUUUAAAAAUCAUAUUAAUUUUUAACAAGUGCAAUGAAACAUUUUAUUUAAAAGAUGAUUUAUCAUGAUUACUGUAUUGUAAAUUAUAGAUCUGUUUGUAUCUAUUCUAUUUUAUCACGUUUGUAUAUUUGUUCGCAGAUAUUUCGGAUUCACUUCCAAGGAUAAACAGGUCUUUUUUUUUUUGUCUGCUUUAAAAGUUGAAUUCUAUCAAAGGCACAAUAAUUUUACAUUUAAAGCCGAACAUGUUUUUAUUUAAACUAAAUGACAGACCUGUCAGGACUUUAUGCAAGGGAGAAUCGAUAUGCAUCCGUGCGAUUCCUAACCGAAUUCAGGCCGUAACAUAAAGAGUCAUUAAAAGAACUACUACAUUAAAUCAUCUGUAAGAGAGAUUCCAAUGUGUUUAAAAUGGCUGCAUGUGUGUGUAAUACCUUUGUGUCUCUAACACUGAUUUCAGUGGUUAUUUAUAUGACGAUGGAAACUCUUGCUAUGCAUACAGUUGUCUUUGAAUUGAACAUCAUGUUAUCGUUUUGUUAAUGAUGUACCAUAUUUUUUUUUGAAAGGUGACAUUAAUUGUCACAUUUGACUAUUAUUUGAACAAUCCCAAAUCCAUUCCUGUGAUUAUUCCUAUAUAAAUGUGGCAGCUGCAUGACCCUGUUUCUACAAUGUCAGACUUUGUGGUAAAUCUGAUUCAGGCAGCUUUUAAUACUUCACCCUAGAUGUUUGGUUUUUUUUUUUUUUUCGUUUUUGUCUUUCAAUGGCAACUUGAACCACUCCAGAUAAAUAAGAGGAAUGCAUUGCUUGUUGUAUUCUAUUAUUUAUACAUGGGUCAGUACCACCAACAUCCACUACUUGGCACUACGGUCUAACAAUUUAGCCAAACUAAACCUUGACAAGGUUAUAAUCUUACAACUGAUGCUCUUUAUACCAAAGAUUUUACUGAAGAGGUGUGAUCAGAGAUUGUUGGGCUUUAUUUAGUGAUAAAGCCAGGAUUGAUUUGUUUUUUCCCUAGACAGACGCUCUUGUGGGGUUAAAUACAUUUUUGUUUUCUAAUUUGCUUUGUCAAUGAAUUGUAGCUACUUUGUAACUAAAAUGUAAACUUAGGGAGGAAAACAGUCUAGAGAAAGUGCUAUUAAACAUUCAUCAGUUUCA